ACGUCACCGAACGUGACAGGAAGUGCUCAGCUGCUCACAAUCAGUUGAUAGAGCAACAACAUCGUCUACAGAUCCAACGGUCAAAGAUGGCCUACCCUAAAUCCCACAACCCGUUUGCGGACGACGAUGAGGAUGAUUUCAAGCCCAAAAGAAGGGAGUUCGAUGACGACGACGACGACGACAGUGGGCUCAGCGAACCGGAGAGGAGACAGCGGUACCUCCAGCAGCAAGUGAUGCACACGGCUAAGUCUGCUGUGGACAGCAGUCACCGUUCCCUCGGACUCAUCUAUGAAUCUGAGAAGAUUGGUGUGGAUACUGCAGAGGAGCUGGUUAGACAGGGUGAGGUUCUGAAGAGGGCCGACAAGGUGAUGGACAACAUGGAUCAGGACCUGAAGACCAGCCAGAAGCACAUCAACGGCAUCAAGAGCAUGUGGGGCGGCCUCGUCAACUACUUCAAGGGCCAGCCAGAGACAAAGCCACCACCUGAGGAGCCAAAGGCCUACCAGGCCAACGACAGAUUGCAGACUGCCUUGUCCGGCAGCAGAGGACACGAAGAUGAGUACCAAGCCAGCCACCCCAAUCUAAGAAAGCUGGAGACGGGAGGAUUCGGAGCGUCCACUUCAAGAGAUGACAACUCAGCCGGCAAGAAUGGAUACCCUCAGAACAGACACCUCAGGGAGGCUCACCAGACCCUCGACAAUAAUUUAGAUGAGAUGUGCGGCGGCUUGAGCAGACUGAAGAACCUCAGCCUCGGUCUGCAGUCCGAGAUCGAAGACCAGGACGACUCCAUUGAUUCUCUGAUGAACAAAGUGGACAAGAUGGAUGUUAAGAUCCACAACACGAACCAACAGAUUCAAAACCUCAAAUAAAACAAACGUUUGGACUCACGUUGACAGAAAAUGGCAAAAGGUUGUCCUCUCAUCCUGGCUCUCCAUCCUAUAUUCUGUUGAAUAAGCAGUGUGUUCUUUUCCUGCUGCUUUUAGACAUUUCUAUCCCAUUUUUAUUUUCCUCUUGGGGAUUUACUCAUUCAUUUCCAUGUCACAUCUGUCCAUAACGUCCUCCUUUUACUCAGUUGUAUGCUGACAUGUUGAUUUGACGAAUCCUUCCACCUCAAAGUAACUGAUUUGUUGACUUGUGUGAUUCUAUUCAAUGUGCUGUUUUUGCCAGGUAAAAAAUAGUUUGUAUUCUCCGUCAAGCUCCACUGAGUUGUUGGUUUCGGCGAUUUGAUCAAUUUAUCUCGAUCACCAAAGACGUACAAUUGACAAAUGAAGUAGAGCUUUUUUGGAAAAAAAAAUAUGGAAUGUUGUUGGUGUGUAUGGUUCAUUAUGCCAGUGCUAACUUCCUGGACAGCCUCCACAUACCUACUAAAAACACUUUGCACGUCACUUUUUGCCUUACACAUCAUUUGUAUGUCCAGUAGACCAGCCUUUGUCUUCAUCUCACCACGAGAUGCUUCACUUUGUUUUAUUCAUUGAAAUUGUAUGUAGUCCAUUCAUGUUCCUCCGCCCUAGCUUUAUACAAAUUGUUUUACAGUGAUGAACAUUGUAUUGAAUUCUGCAGAAUGUGAACAAGCUAGAUGUGAAUGUAAAUACUUCCCCCCCAUUAUUAAUAUAGCUUCUCUGGGAAACAUUUAUGAGUAGAUGAACCACUUUAAAGUUGUUUUCUAGAAAUGAAAACACAAAAUUUGAGAACAAAUGAGGAACCAUGGUCACAUGUAGUCUAACGGAAGCCACAUACCCAAUAAAAAAACGUUUAGAAGGGGA